AUGUCAGUGCCUUCUGACGUGCACAAAUCCUCAAGGCACGGUCACAGUCCUGCGGCCAACGCUGGCCAGCUCUGGGUCAAGUUCGGGCGGCGGACAUACCACGUAUUCGGCUUCAAGAGAGGGUACAAUUUCACACUCUUCAUCGUACUCGUCGGGGCCCUCAUGGGGUUUGUGCUCGCUCGGUUCCAAUACUUGAACAUUGACGGCAUCUUUUUGAAGAAAACGAUACCAGGAGACGCAAUCCACUAUCAAUCAGGCUACAAGCGGAUCGGGAUCAUCCUUCACCUCGCCUGCAUCCUCCCGGCCGGGUUUUUGGUGUGCUUUCAGUUCGUGCCGGCGACCAGGCACCAGUUCCUGCUCUUCCAUCGUCUUAACGGCUACACCAUUAUCCUUUUAUUGCUGACCGGCACCGCGGGAGCAUUCAUGGUCAUCCCCAUCGCCGGAGGCGGAUCACCAUCUACCCAAGCCGGGCUCGGCCUGCUGGGAACCAUGACCACACUCUCCGUUGUACUGGCAUACAUCAACAUCAAGCGCUUGCAGAUUGAUCAACACCGGGCAUGGAUGAUCCGCACCUGGGUGUACGCGGGCAGCAUCAUCUCGGUACGUCUGGUCCAGAUGGCGGCCAAUACCUUCAUCGCCCAACACCAGCAAGGGCAUUGGUACGAUGUGCAGACGUGCGGUGAUAUCUGGAAGCAAUACACCUUGUACGGCGCACCGCCCGGGGCGGGCAAUCCCACCCCCUAUCUUUACCCAGAGUGUACUGCGCCGAACUCGAGCGCACCGGUGGUUAUCAAAGCCAAUGUUCACGGGCUAGGACCUGAGUUCGUCACCGCCUCGUUCCACUUGACGUUCGGCAUGUCGGUGUGGAUUUGUCUGGCGGUCCACGCCAUCGGUGUCGAGACGUAUUUGAAGCUGACCCCGGCGGAGAGUGAGAGGUUGCGACUAGUCAGCUACGAGAGGCAGGUCGAGGCUGGAUUCAAGCAUCCCGGCCGUGCGGGCUUGACCGUCGACAGGUUUGGGGAUGUUCUGGCCCGGAACGACGCCAUUGGCCACCCCAGCAACCCCAGCCAGAGCUCGACCGAGCCGAAGAGCGCAGCUGCACGAGUGGACGAGUGA